UGGCCCGCGCCGGAAGGCGGAAGUGCCGCGGCGUUUCCCGUCUGUGGCGGAGCCGCCGCCGGGCGAGCGCGGCCGGGAGAGACGCGGAGAGCCCCGGGAGGCACCGGGCCAGCAGCGGGACAGCAGCGGGCAGGCACACACAGGCAACUCAGGCACUGUGAGAGCGCGGCGGGCCGCGGCGGCGAGGCCCGGUGAGGCCCGGUGCGGCCUAGCGCGGCCCGGUGCGGCCUAGCGCGGCCCGGCGCGGCCUAGCGCGGCCCGGCCCGGGGCGAGGCGGCUCCGCCGGGGCCUGGCCGGGCUGGGCGCGGGUUGGGCACCGCGGGAAGAGGAAGAGGAGGAGGAGGAGGAAGGCGGCGGCCCCCGGCAUGGCGGCGCUGGGCGGCCCCGGCUCGCGGCCGGACCCGGUGGAGACGCUGCAGGAGGAGGCGAUCUGCGCCAUCUGCCUCGACUACUUCGCCGACCCGGUGUCCAUCGGCUGCGGGCACAACUUCUGCCGCGGCUGCAUCUCCCGCCUCUGGGCCCGCGGCGGCGCCGAGCCCGGCCAGGGCGGCUCCGGCGGCGGCGCCGAGCUGGGCGAGGAGGAGGAGGAGGAGGAGGAAGACGAGGACGAGCUGGAGGAGGAGGACGAGCUGGACGUGGAGCAGGAGGAUGAGGAGGAUGAGGAAGGCGGCGUGGGCGCGGAGGAGGACGACGACAUGUGGGAGGAGGAGGAGGAGGAGGAGGAGGAGGAAGGCGAGCUGUGGGGAGAAGGAGCUGAGGACGAGGAGGAGGAGGAAGAGGAGGAAGAAGAGGAGGAAGAACCCGCCGUGUGGGCCGGGGGCGGCGCCGCGCCGGGCGGGGGGGGGCUUUACUUGGACGACGAGGACGUGAUGGAGGAAGACGUGGAGGAGGAAGAGGAGGACGACGAUGACGAAGAGGAGGAUGAGGAUGAGGAGGAAGAGGAAGGGCGGCGCCGCGCCGUCUUCACGUGCCCGCAGUGCCGCAAGUCCUUCCUGCAGCGCUCCUUCCGCCCCAACCUGCAGCUGGCCAACAUGGUGCAGAUCAUCCGGCAGCUGCACCCGCGGCCCCCGCGCCCCCCGGGCACCCCCCCGGGCACCGGCGGCGCCCCCGGGGGACCCCCCGAGCUCUGCGAGAAGCACCAGGAGCCGCUGAAGCUCUUCUGCCAGGUGGACGAGGCGGCCAUCUGCGUGGUGUGCCGCGAGGCGCGCGGCCACCGGCAGCACAGCGUGGUGCCGCUGGACGAGGCGGUGCAGGACUGCAGGGAGCAGAUGCAGGCGGAGAUGCAGGAGCUGGAGGCGGAUUUCGAGGUGCUGCAUCGCUUCCUGGCGGGCGAGCAGGUGCUGCUGCUGCGGCAGCUGCAGGAGCGGCACGAGGCGCUGCUGGCGCGGCAGCGCCGCAACCUCGGCGCGCUGGAGGAGCGCGGGGCCGCGCUGCGGCGCCUCAUCGCCGACGCCGAGGCUGCGGGCAGGCAGGACGGGCUGCAGCUGCUCAAGGACAUCAAGGGCACCUUCAUCAGGUGUGAGAACAUCAAAUUCCAGGAGCCCGAGAUGGUGCCGGUGGACGUGGGGAAGAAAUUCAGGAAUUGUUUCCUGCAGGACGUGGUGAUGAGGAAGAUGGAAAAGGUCUUCAGCAAAGUGCCCCAAGGUGGGGGGGAAAGGGGGAAAUUUGGGGUUAAAGGAGGGGAAAUGGGGGCCUCAGAGGAGCGGGAAUUGAGGGGUGAAAACCUGGAAAAGAGGGGAAAUUUGGGGUCAAAGGAGUGGGAAUUGGGGGUCGGAGGGAUUGGAGAUUGGGGGUUAAAGGGGGGGAAAUGGGGGCCUCAGAGGAGCGGGAAUUGA